AGUGAAUCAUGUGCAGUCCUUUCCUUAUUGCAUUCAGCGCAUGGUUUCACCUUCAGGUUCUUGUUUGUCUGUGUCCUUCUAAAAUCGCAUCACCUUAACUGUAGCAAGGUCCAGUUUGCCUUCUGACUCAAAAACACCAAUGAGCACAUAUAUCUGGAAUGCUUUCGAACAGCUAAAGGAAAAACUGAAUACGAGAAUGAAGAGAUAAAGUCUCAGUCAGCAGAAAUUCAUGAUUGAAACAGCAACAUAAUUUCCCAGUCCCGGACAGGUUUUUUACCUUUUGACUGAUGUUGCUGUAGUACAGAUGGAUUGUACUGUAGAUACAAACAUGGAAUUACGAAGAGCUUCCAGUCCUCACAAGACGAACAAGAAUGACAUGGAUGUGGAUAAGUUGGUAUUGCACAGCUGCUGCAUAUGCGGGAAAAGUUUUCCUUUCCAGAGCUCAUUAUCACAGCACAUGAGGAAGCACACUGGGGAGAAGCCAUACAAGUGCCCUUAUUGUGACCACAGAGCUUCUCAGAAGGGCAACUUAAAGAUACAUAUUCGGAGUCACAGAACAGGCACUAUCAGUCAGGGGAAUGAAGCGGAGAUGGGAGGAGAGGCACAACUUAGUGAGAUGAGAGUCUCAGAAGGCCUUGAAGGUUGCACCAGCCCUACCAAAAGCACAUCUGCCUGCAACAAGAUAUUGAAUGGAGCAACUCCCACAGAAGAUGGCAAGAUUUUGCUCAGAAGCAGCAAGAAAGAGAUGGUUGCAGGAGCAGCUGUUGGAGAAGAUGUUAAAUUAUGCAGUUUUCAGUGCACGUUCUGCAAAAACAAGUUUGAAGGGAAGAAAGAAUUGGAGCAGCAUAUACAUCAGGUCCACAAACCUUUCAAAUGUAGGCUGUGCAACUACAUGACAUUAAGACAGGAGACACUGUUAAACCACAUAGAGCGAGACCAUAUUACUACUCAGAUUCCAAAUGGGGAAACAUACGCUGAAAACUACAAGACUGAGUCGAAUGCAGGGGAGUUUCCUUGUGAAGUAUGUGGUCAGGCCUUUAGUCAAACGUGGUUCCUCAAAGCUCACAUGAAGAAGCAUCGAGGGUCGUUUGACCAUGGAUGUCACAUUUGUGGCCGGAAAUUUAAGGAACCCUGGUUCCUCAAAAAUCACAUGAAAUCCCAUGGCCCAAAAUCUGGGAGCAAAAACAAGCCAAAAAACGAUUUGGAGCCUAUGGCCACUAUUAAUGAUGUAAUUCAAGAGGAGACCAUCGUGACUGGUUUGUCGCUGUAUGAAGUUUGUACCAAGUGUGGAAACCUGUUUACAAAUAUGGAAAGCCUAAAAUCACAUAAUUCUGUACAUUGCAGAUCUCAAGGAGCCCGUAAUGAGCAGAGAGCUGAGAGGCUAGUUGAUGGAAGCCUUGACCCAUCUAUAGCAAAGCAAUUUUUCCUCCAGUAUCUGAAUUUGAGGCCGUCUGCAGGGGUUGAUGGUAUUCCAAGGGGCCAGUUGGGAAAAAGAGUAGCUGAGCUGGAUCCAGUCAAUAGUUAUCAGGCUUGGCACCUGGCUACCAAAGGAAAAGUUGCAGAACCUUCUGAAUAUGUGAAGUAUUUAGGUUGGGAUGAAGUCCUGGCAGAUGCUGAUGUCACUUACGACCGGGACAAAAGAGAAUACAUUCUUGUCAGUCAAGAAAAGCGAAAACAAGAGCAAGACUCGUCAAGCUCUUCCAAUCAUCCGAAGAAGAAGAACUGUAGCAGUGGGCGUUCAGAGAAAAGCAACAGUACACAGUCAGGGGACAACUGCAUCCUUGGCCAAGAUGACCUAGAGUACAGACCAUCCUCACGUCAGAGCAGAAGGGCAUCACAGAACAAGUCUACUGAAUGCUUUGAGUGUGGCAAGAUCUUCCGCACUUAUCACCAAAUGGUGCUUCAUUCCCGUGUGCACAGGAAAGACCGCAGAAGCUGCAGUGAGGGUGGGGCAGCAGCUCAACAAGAUCGAUAUGGCUCAAUCAGCGAGGAUGGCGAUUCUGGGUCUGUCAGUGGGCCAAGCACACCAAGUUCUGCUUCUGCCCCUGAAGAUUCGGUCACCUCUGGAGUGGGUGAGGAGGGGCCUGAUGAUAGUUCAGAGGAAGGAGCACAUGAGCCGUCACCAUGUAAAAAGCCAUACCUCUGCAGUUUUUCUGAAGAAGACACACCUGUGGCAGCUCUACAGUUCAGUCAUGGAAGAAACAAUGCAACAGAAAAAAAUGCCACUGAAACUAAACCAGAGAUGCCAACUGCAGCAUCGACAACAGAAAACAAGAUCAAACAACCCUUUCAGAAAUACGUGGAGUGCAAAAUUUCCUCAGAAGCAAAGAGGUCGACGUUUCAGCAAAGCUGCGAUCUCCCUUGCACCAGUAGGACUGUUGACUUUGCUUCCAGUAUCAGCCAAACAGGUUCAGAUGUAAGACUGGAUUUGCAAGCCCCACUGCAAAUUCAGGACAAGUCCUCUAAAGAGAAUCCACUUGAGAUGCAUGAGCACUCUGUCUUCAGUAACGAUGCACAUGUACCAGAGAAAGCUCCCUUAGAUCUAAGUGAGAAGUCAACUAGGGCUGAAUCAUGCAAUACGAGUUUUACCUCAACCUUGCAGGCUGCUUUGAUUGUCCACCCAUGUCCUUACUGCAGUCAUAAGACCUAUUACCCAGAAGUCCUGUGGAUGCACAAAAGAAUUUGGCACAAGGUCAGUUGUAACUCUGUGGCUCCUCCUUGGGUUCUUCAAAAUGGAUUCAAGAGUAUAAAACACAAUUCAGUUUUCAUGGCGAGAAGUGGGCGCACUGGACCCCCUCCUGCUCUUGGUGGUAAAGAAUGCCAACCCUUGCCUAUAGCCAGAUUUACACGUACUCAGGUGCCGAGCAGGCUGCCAGGAUCCAAAAACAAUUCUUCUGGUCUUGCUGUAACAGCUAAGCCUGGUGUUAUGCCUAAAGAUGCACUAUCCACUGGUAACUAUGGCCCACGAUCAUCAGGUAUUGAUGGGUACAGGCAGCCCAAGCUGAACCACACCCAUGAAGAAUAUAGCACAGUAGCCCAACAGCACCAGCUGAAAGCAAAGUACGACGUGAACUCCAAGUUGAUGCAAGCAGGAAGCUUUUGCAGAAGUUCAACACCUUCCCAAACAGUUGUAUCUAAACCCAACUCACAGCCAUCCAACAGCAAACAAGCGGAGAAGUAUAUAGUUCCCCAGGUAAAUGCUGUGUUUGCCCCUUUAAGUAAGCAUUGUACUUCAGACCCAAGGAAGGCCAAAUUUUUCUGUCCACCUCAGUACCACCCUCCGUGUAAAACUGAGCCAUACGUUACUCAAGAAGAUCCGCCAGUGCCUCAGCAGGAACCUACUAACAAGAGAGAGAACGAGGCGAGGGCAUUGACAAAUUGUACGGCUGGAUCCAGAGUAAGUCCUCUGACACAACCUCAGCCUAACGCAGCAGGACCUCCUCCAACUGUACAUUCCACCAAACAGGAGCCACCGCCUGAGGGGCAUGAGAAGUGUUUGGAUAUUUUAAACAUCUUUAAGACCUCCAUUCCAAAGGAUCUGGCUACUCUCUACCAAACAUGGGGUGCUAAUAGCCCUGUAGUGGACCAUGCGGGGAUGCUUAGGACACAAACACGCCAAGGAGACUAUCUCUGCAAAGAAUGUGGGAAGGGCUUUAGCCAACCUAGCCACCUCAGGACCCACAUGAGGUCUCACACAGGUACAUUUUCUUUGGUAUUUGAGUCUAAUGGACUCCGAGGUACUGAAGUUCACACCACCUCCGCAGAUGCCCCAAAACAAGUGAGAGACCAUUCCAAUGCAGAUAUUGUCCAUACAGUGCCUCUCAGAAAGGGAACCUAAAAACACAUGUCCAGUGUGUACACCGGGUACCCUUUGACAACAGCCAGUACCCUGACCGGCGGUUCCAACAGCCUCCGCAUAAUUAUUCUAUGGAAG